AUGGGGCCGAAGUCACCGUCCUUGGCCUUUGAGCCUACGCCGGCACUUGCAUUCGACAAGGAAAACUUCUCGCCUCUUAUGGAGAAUCCUAACAGUAGCACACUCGACAGCCGCCUUGGGAGCAGUCUAUCAAAAGAAGUGCAUUUCUCUCCUGUUCUCUCGCCCACUGGCCGAGCCCAACCACUCGCAAACUCUGUCCCUUUCUUAGAGCCAGUCUCCUCUGCCAGCCAGUUACCACGACACACUGUUCGAAUCAAGAAUGCGCCUCCCGAGAUAGACAUGAACGCCUACAUGGAGCAAUCCAGGUCGUUGUUGGAAAGCCAGAGGCUUAAUUUCGAAAAGGAAAGAGACAUAUUCGAAAGGGAGCGGAGGUUGUGGAAUGCCGAAAGGGCAAUGCUCAAGUCCAGGAUAGCAAAUCUAGAGGCCAACCUGAGCAAGACCAGUACUGGACGGAGAAGAUCAAGCAAUGAUGCCCCAAGUCUGAAAGUGCAGUCGUUCCGGAAGGAUGUUAGUCAGAAAUCCAUGUUCAACGGUUUGAGGACUACGCGGGGAACAUCUGAGCCCAAUGGUGCUCAUCAUGUAUGGGAGACGCCAGAUAUGGGGGGAAGAGUCACUAGGGUCUUCUCAAACGAUGAGAAACAACCACAAUCCAAGAAGCCAGCGUCAACCCCAAAUGGUCUCCCAAGCAUUGCCGAAGGUGGUAACGAGAAGCCAGUCUCCCUCCGCUCGAACCCUGUUCCAAUAACCGUGCUGGAUAGUUCUCUGGACGGCAUCACCCUAAAACCCGCUGGUUUAGAAUCAUCCUUUGUCAAGAUUGGCUCGCCAUCAGCUACUUCACCACCCAACCCACCGUCACCAGGACCCGGAAUUCACAAAGAAGAGAAGAGCUUGCGCGUGAAAGUGGAGGGACCAAUCUCCCCAGCGGUCCCAAUCCUGGUCAGAAACGCAGGUCACACUCCCAUGGAAUUUGGCAAACCUACUAUCAGUGAGACACCGUCAGGCGUUGAAAGCCAAAGUUCGCCAGAGCGCGAAGUGCCUCCACCGCCACAAGCAUCAAUUUCCAAUUCAAUACUUAACCAUAUUGCGUUGCAACCCUCAGAGCGAUCUGAUUCGUAUUUCUCAAGCGCUUUCGAAACAGGGACUGACAAAAAACCUCUCCAGACCGACGGCGAUGUCGAACUAAAGGGGCCUUUGAUCAUGAAAAGUCAGCACGCAGAAGGCCAAGAGAAUCUUUUCUUGGACAAACUCGACGCCAAGUUACUCGCCGAGGCACAGCGGCCACGACAUGCCUCCAUUGCCGAAAUUGACGGAAAGAAUGGAUAUGGCAAGCUCGAUGACGAGAUCGAUGAUGAAGGUCCAAGGUUGAUGCUCAAGAAAAGCAUGAAUUUCGGCAGCGCGUUUGGCAGUAUGAAUUGUGGAAGGAUCUGA